AUGUUCUCUGCGAUCCGUCAAGCUUCUCGUUCCGGUUCCGUCGCCCUUCGCGCGGCGCGCAUGCCCGCUACCGCCGCACGCGUUGUGCGCCCCGCGCCGACGCUCGUGCGCACGCUGAUCACGAAGCGGUACACGAAGGACCACGAGAUGGUCGCGUUCGAUGACGCGACGAGCAUCGGCACGGUGUCUAUCACCGAUUACGCUCAGUCCAGCCUCGGCGACGUCGUGUACGUCGAGCUCCCCGAGGCGGAGGGUGAGAUCACUAUGGGCGACCAAAUCGGCGCGGUGGAGAGCGUGAAGGCGGCGUCAGACAUCUACGCUCCGGUGUCUGGUACUGUCACCGAGGUGAAUAAGCUGCUGGAUGACGAACCGUCGCUGCUCAACAAGUCCCCCGAGGAGAAGGGCUGGUUGUGCAAGGUUAAACUCAGCGAACCUUCCCAGCUCGACGAGCUCCUGACCGAGGAGCAGUACAAGGCGCACUGUGACUCAGAGGCGCAUUAG